UUUCUUUUUUUUUUUUUUUUUUUUUUUUUUAAGAUUUAUUUAUUUAUUUUGUAUAUGAGUACACUGUAGCUGUCUUCAGACACACCAGAAGGGGAUAUCAGAUCCCAUUACGGAUGGUUGUGAGCCACCAUGUGGUUGCUGGGAAUUGAACUCAGGACCUCUGGAAGAGCAGUCGGUGCUCUUAACCACUGAGCCAUCUCUCCAGCCCACGCGCGCGCUUUCCAAACACUCAUACACAUAAAAUAAAAUUUUAAAUAGAUAAAAAGAGGCCAGCAUGGUGUUAUACAGUUUUUAUACCGGCACGAGGCAAGGCCCGAAGAUCUCUGACUUCGAGGCCAACCUGGUCUAGUGAGUUUCAGGCCGGUCAGGAAUACGCAGUGAGACCCUGUCUCAACAAAGAAAAGCAAAUAUUGUGGAUAUGAUGUAGCUCCGUGUCAGAGGCCUGUCUAGCGUGUUCAAGGUAGCCUCUCAAAAAGAAAAGAAUGUAUUCAUACAGGAAACUGAGUCUGAGAGGAACAGAAGGGAACAGAUGUUCCUGGAACGCAGCACACACAGGAUCCUCACAAGCGAACACUUCUGGAAACCAUUAUAUUUCGAAGAGAUUUAACACUCAGACACCGCCUAGUGACAAGCGGGCGGGACUAAACGGACGCUGGAGAGGGGCUAGCCUGCAGAAACCAGGCCCUUGAAACUCAAGGCGGGGCCGAUAGGUAGACGGAGCAAAUAAAUGUCCUCCCCCAACCUGUACGUAACUAAGGUACGUCAACAUCACUUCCGGUGUGGUAGUUGAAGCGGGAAACAAAAGGAGACGGAAGACGCAUGCGUUAGUGAGUCCCGGAUUCUGGUGGGUUCUUCCGCUCAGGUCUGGGGAAGCGCUUCCGGGUCGCCGCCGGCUGCCGGCUCUUGGCGCGGUAAGUGCGGAAACAAGACUACUGUCGUCUCCUUGCUUGUUCUUUCUUCCGGCUUUCAGAGAAACCUAGUUCCUUUGACUCGCCUCCCUAGCAGCUCAUUUUCCCCUUUUUUACUCUUAACGACAUCCUACUCAUUGGCCGCUUCCUAGAGUCUAAGCCCCACCCAUCACACAUGUUCCGUCAUGCAUUGGUUUCACUUCCUGUCACCCAGCAUUUCUUUCAGUUAAUUGGCUUCAGCCAGGCCGCGCGCAUUUUGCGAUUAGCAUCCCUAUAAGGUCUAAAUCCUGAUGAAGACCCGCCCCUGCCUCCUUCUUGUUGGUCAAUCUUGCAGUCAUUAUCAUAAUGAGCAAAGAAUGGGCGGUGAUGAGGAAACUGAGGCCCAGAGAGGUUAAGUGUAUUGGCCAAAGUCAAACAGCUAGUAAGUGAUGGAGCCAGGACUCAAACUCAGCUUAGGAGCCAUGUCCACCUUGUUCCCUUCACUCUUUCCUCGUGUGACUGAGACACUGUGGUUUAAUCUGGAUCGACCCUGUGUGGAGGAGACAGAGCUGCAGCAGCAGGAGCAGCAGCAUCAGGCCUGGCUCCAAAGCAUCGCAGAGAAAGACAACAACCUGGUACCCAUCGGCAAGCCUGCCUCCGAGCACUAUGAUGACGAGGAAGAAGAGGAUGAUGAAGAUGACGAGGACAGUGAAGAGGAUUCAGAAGACGAUGAGGACAUGCAGGACAUGGAUGAGAUGAAUGACUAUAAUGAGUCACCUGAUGAUGGAGAGGUCAAUGAGGUGGACAUGGAAGGCAACGAACAGGAUCAGGACCAGUGGAUGAUCUAGGUAGAGCAGCCAAGGUGGCCUCAGACUGACUCCAGACCACCUCAGCCUAUUUUGCAUCCACAGCCUCAGCCCCUCAGCCUGCAGAACCAGCUUGUGGCCAUAGUGCCUAAAGCUUCCCUUAGGCACUUUGUCAGCUGCUGCCAGGACAAGGUCUCCUUGGGCCCUUCCAGGCCACCAGUCUUCCCUUGAAUCCCAAGAGCCUGAGCCCAUCCCACCUUCCUGGCUGGUACCUCACUCACUCCUUGGUUGCCAGGUGUGGUCCCUUUCUAUCCCUCUUUAAUAAAGACACAGGACUGAUUCUUUCCCCAA